AUGUCGGACCAGUUGGCGUGUCACAAGCAUGGGAGGUCUAAUUUGGGCUAUCAGAACUGGAGAUGGCGGCCCCAUGACUGCAAUUUGAAGAGAUGGAACAUGACUGAAACGUGGGAGAAGUUGAGGGGGAAGAGACUAAUGUUUGUAGGGGAUUCGCUAAACCGAGGGCAAUGGAGUUCAAUGGUUUGUUUGCUGCAAUCAGUCAUUCCAGUGGAUAAAAGAUCAAUGUCACCAAAUGCCCCUCUAACCAUCUUCAGAGCAAAGGAAUACAAUGCAACCGUGGAAUUUCUUUGGGCUCCUCUUCUUGUUGAAUCUAAUUCUGAUGAUCCAGUGAAUCACAGAUUGGAUGAUCGAAUAAUCCGUCCAGAUUCAGUUCUAAAGCAUUCAUCAAAAUGGGGACACGCUGACAUACUAGUUUUCAAUAGGUACUUAUGGUGGAGACAGGGACCUGUAAAGCUGUUAUGGAGUGAUGAAGAACAUGGAAUUUGUGAAGAAUUAGAUGGAGCGGGAGCCAUGGAGUUGGCCAUGGGGGCUUGGGCUGACUGGGUUGCUUCAGAAGUUGAAACUCGCAAGAAGCAGGUCUUUUUUGUUACCGUGUCCCCAACACAUCUAUGGAGCGAAGAGUGGCAGCCGGGAAGUGAAGGGAACUGUUUUAAUGAGAAAGCUCCCAUUGAGGAUGCAGGUUACUGGGGAAGCGGUUCUGAUAUUUCCACAAUGCAAAUGGUGGAGAGAGUGCUCAGUACGGUGAGUUCGAAAGUUUCUGUUCUUAAUAUUACUCAGCUUUCUGAGUAUCGGUAAGAUGGCCACCCUUCCAUAUACCGGAAGUUCUGGGAAACGUUAAGCCCUGAGCAAUUAGCCAACCCUUCAUCCUAUUCGGAUUGCAUACAUUGGUGCUUACCAGGUGUACCUGAUGCAUGGAAUGAGCUGCUUUUUCAUUUUCUGUGAAUUGAAAUGUACAGAAAGGCUCCCAUAGUGAGAAGAAAAGAUAGUCGGCAUGGAGAGAUCAAAGAGAUUGUCAAGUACUGUAUAAUAGAUAUUGUUGAGCAUUGAAGAGGAUGUGGUUUGUCAAAAGUCUACGUUGACGGCAGCACGGACAGCCUGGAAGGUGCAAAAAGGUGGGUGGAAUCCAAAAAUCAUGCAAAUUCUUGCCGCCCGAAAGAUGGUAUUGGUAGGUCGCUCGCCCAUAAAUUUCAAACUCGUGAAGCUACUACCAUGCAUGCGUCAUGGCUACUCAUUACUUUGCAUUAAUGGUCGUUACACAAUAUUUUGCAAGAAAGGGUACUCAAUCAAAAGAAAAAAUGGUUGCAAUAAAGAGCAGAUGUCGUUGUAAUAUGAUAUCGUGUGAGAGUGUUUGACGAUGAUCGUUUUUGUGUUUUUUUAUUUUUUAGUCAUCUUGGUUGUAUUUCAUGUUUAUGGUGGCACGAGUACCUAUAAGUCUCAAUUAUUUAAUUUAUUUGGGUAACUUAAUACAAUUAGGUUUACGA